UGAAGGAACUCAUCUCACAGACGAUGAUCCGCUGGGCCCAGGAGGACCAGAUCCAGGAUGCAGAGCUGGUUCGGAUGAUGUUCAACCUCCUCCGGAGGCAGUAUGACAGCAUCGGGGAGCUGCUGCGGGCUCUGCGGAAGACCUACACCAUCAGCCAGGCCUCCGUGAGCGACACCAUCAACCUGCUGGCUGCCCUGGGCCAGAUCCGCUCCCUCCUCAGUGUCAGGAUGGGCAAGGAAGAGGAGCUGCUCAUGAUCAACGGGCUGGGAGACAUAAUGAACAACAAGGUGUUUUACCAGCAUCCCAACCUCAUGAGAGUCCUUGGCAUGCAUGAGACGGUGAUGGAGGUGAUGGUGAAUGUGUUGGGUACGGAGAAAUCUCAGAUUGCUUUUCCAAAGAUGGUUGCUAGCUGCUGCCGCUUCCUCUGCUAUUUCUGUCGAAUUAGCCGGCAAAAUCAAAAGGCCAUGUUUGAGCAUCUUAGUUACCUGCUGGAGAAUAGCAGUGUUGGCUUAGCUUCCCCGUCGAUGAGGGGAUCCACUCCACUGGACGUGGCAGCUUCCUCCGUGAUGGACAACAACGAGUUAGCACUGGGCUUAGAGGAACCAGACCUCGAGAAGGUGGUGACCUACCUGGCAGGCUGUGGCCUGCAGAGCUGCCCCAUGCUUCUGGCCAAAGGAUACCCUGAUGUCAACUGGAACCCUAUUGAAGGGGAACGCUACCUGUCCUUCCUGAGGUUUGCUGUCUUCGUGAACAGUGAAAGUGUGGAAGAAAAUGCUAGCGUCGUGGUCAAGCUGCUCAUCAGACGCCCAGAGUGCUUCGGCCCAGCCCUGCGGGGUGAGGGAGGAAAUGGCCUAUUGGCCGCCAUGCAGGGUGCCAUUAAGAUCUCUGAGAACCCAGCUCUAGAUCUCCCCUCUCAUGGAUACAAGAGAGAAGUCAGCUCAGAGGAUGAUGAAGAGGAAGAAGAAGUUGUACAUAUGGGCAAUGCAAUUAUGUCAUUUUAUUCAGCUCUUAUAGAUCUACUGGGCCGCUGUGCUCCUGAAAUGCACCUCAUCCAGACGGGAAAGGGGGAAGCCAUCCGCAUCAGGUCCAUCCUGCGUUCCCUGGUCCCCACAGAGGACCUGGUUGGGAUCAUCAGCAUCCCCUUGAAACUGCCAUCCCUCAACAAAGAUGGGUCCAUCAGUGAGCCAGAUAUGGCAGCCAACUUCUGCCCUGACCACAAGGCACCAAUGGUGCUGUUCUUGGACCGUGUUUAUGGCAUUAAAGAUCAAACUUUUCUGCUCCACUUGCUGGAGGUUGGAUUUUUACCUGACUUAAGAGCUUCUGCCUCUCUAGAUACAGUUUCCCUGAGCACCACAGAGGCUGCACUUGCACUAAAUCGGUAUAUAUGUUCUGCUGUGCUCCCACUCCUUACAAGAUGUGCCCCUCUCUUUGCUGGAACAGAACACAGCACCUCUCUGAUUGAUUCUACACUGCAGACAAUAUACAGACUCUCCAAAGGACGGUCCCUCACCAAAGCACAGAGGGACACCAUAGAAGAAUGUCUGCUUGCCAUUUGCAAUCACUUGAGGCCUUCCAUGUUACAGCAACUUCUGCGACGCCUUGUUUUUGAUGUGCCACAACUCAAUGAAUACUGCAAAAUGCCUCUCAAGCUUCUAACAAAUCACUACGAACAGUGCUGGAAGUAUUACUGUCUGCCUUCAGGAUGGGGAAACUAUGGCCUGGCUGUGGAAGAAGAGCUGCACCUAACAGAGAAGCUCUUCUGGGGGAUUUUUGACUCCCUCUCCCAUAAGAAAUAUGACCCAGAUCUUUUCCGAAUGGCCCUGCCUUGUCUCAGUGCUAUAGCUGGGGCCUUGCCACCAGAUUAUGUAGAUACCAGAAUCACAGCCACGUUGGAGAAACAGGUCUCAGUGGAUGCAGAUGGCAACUUUGACCCCAAACCUAUCAACACCAUGAAUUUUUCCUUGCCUGAAAAAUUGGAAUACAUCGUCACCAAGUAUGCUGAGCAUUCACAUGAUAAAUGGGCCUGUGACAAGAGUCAGAGUGGAUGGAAAUACGGAAUCUCCCUGGAUGAAAACGUGAAGACCCACCCACUGAUAAGGCCUUUCAAGACAUUAACAGAGAAGGAGAAGGAAAUUUAUCGCUGGCCUGCCAGAGAGUCUCUGAAAACCAUGCUGGCAGUGGGCUGGACUGUGGAGAGGACCAAAGAGGGAGAAGCUUUGGUUCAACAGCGAGAAAAUGAGAAAUUUCGAAGCGUGUCCCAGGCCAGCCAGGGCAACAGCUACAGCCCUGCCCCCCUGGACCUCUCCAAUGUUGUGCUCUCCAGAGAGCUCCAGGGAAUGGUGGAGGUUGUGGCUGAGAACUAUCACAAUAUCUGGGCCAAGAAGAAAAAGCUGGAGCUAGAGAGCAAAGGUGGUGGUAGUCAUCCUCUUUUGGUACCAUACGACACCUUGACUGCCAAAGAAAAGUUCAGGGACCGAGAGAAGGCCCAGGACCUGUUUAAAUUCCUCCAAGUGAAUGGUGUUAUUGUCUCUAGAGGUAUGAAGGAUUUGGAGCUGGAUGCCUCCUCCAUGGAAAAGAGGUUUGCCUAUAAGUUUUUGAAGAAGAUUCUGAAAUAUGUUGAUUCUGCUCAGGAAUUUAUUGCACAUUUGGAAGCCAUUGUCAGCAGUGGGAAAACUGAAAAGUCUCCCCAUGACCAGGAGAUCAAAUUCUUUGCCAAAGUUCUCCUCCCACUAGUUGACCAGUACUUCACCAAUCACCGCCUCUACUUCCUGUCAUCCCCUUUGAAGCCCCUGAGCAGCAGCGGGUAUGCCUCCCAUAAGGAGAAAGAAAUGGUGGCCAGCCUGUUCUGCAAGCUUGCUGCUCUUGUUAGACACAGGAUUUCCCUCUUUGGCAGUGAUUCUACUACGAUGGUGAGCUGUCUUCACAUCUUAGCUCAGACACUUGACACAAGGACUGUCAUGAAGUCAGGCUCAGAGCUGGUGAAGGCUGGGUUACGAGCCUUCUUUGAAAAUGCCGCAGAAGAUUUAGAGAAGACAUCAGAAAAUCUGAAGCUCGGGAAGUUUACCCAUUCCAGAACGCAGAUUAAAGGCGUCUCGCAGAAUAUUAACUAUACCACAGUGGCUCUGCUCCCCAUCCUGACAUCCAUCUUUGAGCACGUCGCUCAGCAUCAGUUUGGGGUGGAUCUACUCUUGAGCAAUGUGCAGAUUUCUUGCUACCACAUACUGUGCAGCCUUUACUCUCUUGGGACAGGAAAGAACAUCUAUGUUGAAAGGCAACGUCCUGCCCUUGGAGAAUGUCUGGCCUCACUGGCAGCUGCCAUACCAGUGGCAUUCCUGGAGCCUACCCUCAACCGCUAUAACCUACUCUCGGUCUUCAACACCAAAACCCCCAGGGAGAGAUCUAUUCUGGGGAUGCCAGACACGGUGGAAGAGAUGUGUCCCGAUAUCCCUCAACUGGAAGGCCUGAUGAAGGAAAUUAACGACCUGGCCGAGUCAGGGGCCCGAUACACGGAGAUGCCACAUGUCAUUGAGGUGAUCUUGCCCAUGCUCUGCAACUACUUGUCCUACUGGUGGGAGCGGGGACCUGAGAAUCUACCCCCCAGCACAGGGCCCUGCUGCACCAAGGUCACCUCUGAACACCUCAGUCUCAUCCUGGGCAACAUUCUGAAAAUCAUCAACAACAACCUGGGCAUCGAUGAGGCCUCCUGGAUGAAGCGGAUUGCAGUGUAUGCCCAGCCGAUCAUCAGCAAAGCCAGACCUGACUUGCUGAGAAGCCACUUCAUCCCAACUCUGGAGAAGCUGAAGAAAAAGGCUGUGAAGACCGUGCAGGAGGAGGAGCAGCUAAAAGCCGAUGGUAAGGGAGACACUCAGGAGGCAGAGCUUCUUAUCCUGGACGAGUUUGCAGUCCUCUGCAGAGACCUCUACGCCUUCUACCCCAUGCUGAUCCGCUACGUGGACAACAACAGAUCUAACUGGCUCAAAAGCCCUGAUGCUGAUUCUGACCAACUCUUCCGCAUGGUGGCAGAAGUCUUCAUCUUGUGGUGUAAAUCUCACAACUUCAAGAGGGAAGAGCAAAAUUUUGUGAUUCAGAAUGAAAUUAAUAAUUUGGCAUUUUUAACUGGAGACAGCAAAAGCAAGAUGUCAAAAGCCAUGCAAGUAAAGUCUGGAGGACAGGACCAGGAACGGAAGAAGACAAAGCGGAGGGGAGACUUGUAUUCCAUCCAGACCUCCCUCAUCGUGGCUGUGCUCAAGAAAAUGCUGCCCAUUGGUUUGAAUAUGUGUACUCCAGGUGAUCAGGAGCUGAUCUCCCUCGCAAAAUCACGAUAUGGCUAUAGGGACACAGAUGAAGAAGUCAGAGAACAUCUGCGGAAUAACUUGCACUUGCAGGAAAAGUCUGAUGACCCAGCUGUAAAAUGGCAAUUAAACCUCUACAAGGAUGUUCUGAAGAGUGAAGAACCUUCCAAUCCAGAAAAGACAGUGGAGCGAGUACAGAGAAUUUCAGCAGCUGUCUUCCAUCUAGAGCAGGUGGAACAGCCUUUGAGGUCCAAGAAGGCCGUCUGGCACAAACUGUUGUCAAAGCAACGGAAACGGGCAGUGGUGGCCUGUUUCAGGAUGGCCCCUCUCUACAACCUGCCCAGGCACCGCUCUAUUAACCUCUUCCUCCAUGGCUAUCAGAGAUUUUGGAUAGAAACAGAGGAGUAUUCCUUUGAAGAGAAACUAGUACAGGAUUUGGCUAAAUCUCCCAAGGUGGAAGAGGAAGAGGAGGAAGAGACAGAAAAGCAACCUGACCCACUUCAUCAGAUCAUUCUCCAUUUUAGCCGCAAUGCUCUCACGGAAAGGAGCAAAUUGGAAGACGACCCUUUGUAUACUGCCUAUUCCAGCAUGAUGGCCAAGAGUUGUCAAAGUGGAGAAGAUGAAGAAGAGGAAGACAAGGAAAAAACAUUUGAAGAGAAAGAGAUGGAGAAGCAGAAAACCCUCUAUCAGCAAGCUCGGUUGCAUGAGCGUGGUGCCGCCGAGAUGGUCCUUCAGAUGAUCAGCGCCAGCAAAGGUGAGAUGAGCCCCAUGGUGGUUGAGACUCUGAAGCUGGGCAUCGCCAUUCUAAAUGGAGGCAACGCUGGUGUGCAACAGAAAAUGCUUGACUACCUGAAGGAGAAAAAAGAUGCCGGAUUCUUUCAAAGCCUUUCUGGUCUUAUGCAGUCUUGCAGUGUCCUUGAUUUGAAUGCAUUUGAGAGGCAGAAUAAAGCUGAAGGCCUGGGCAUGGUGACUGAAGAAGGAACACUCAUUGUUCGUGAGCGUGGUGAAAAAGUACUCCAGAAUGAUGAGUUUACGCGUGACCUCUUUAGAUUCCUGCAGUUACUUUGUGAGGGACAUAACAGUGACUUUCAGAACUUCCUGAGGACUCAGAUGGGCAACACCACCACUGUGAAUGUCAUCAUCAGCACUGUGGACUACCUUCUGCGGCUGCAGGAAUCAAUCAGUGAUUUCUACUGGUAUUAUUCAGGGAAGGACAUCAUUGAUGAAUCUGGACAGCAUAAUUUUUCCAAAGCUCUGGCAGUCACCAAGCAAAUUUUCAAUUCUCUUACAGAAUACAUCCAGGGCCCCUGCAUUGGGAACCAGCAGAGCCUGGCUCACAGCAGACUGUGGGAUGCAGUGGUCGGCUUCCUCCAUGUAUUUGCUAACAUGCAGAUGAAACUCUCUCAGGAUUCCAGUCAGAUCGAGCUGCUGAAGGAACUCUUGGAUCUCCUUCAGGACAUGGUGGUGAUGCUUCUGUCCCUCCUGGAAGGGAAUGUGGUAAAUGGAACUAUUGGCAAGCAGAUGGUUGACACACUGGUAGAAUCAUCUACCAAUGUAGAAAUGAUCUUGAAAUUCUUUGACAUGUUCUUGAAACUUAAAGACUUAACCAGCUCAGACACCUUCAAAGAAUAUGACCCAGAUGGUAAAGAGAUUAUUUCCAAAAAAGAAUUCCAGAAGGCCAUGGAAGGGCAAAAACAGUACACACAGUCAGAGAUUGACUUUCUCCUUUCAUGUGCAGAAGCCGAUGAGAAUGACAUGUUUAAUUACAUUGAUUUUGUAGACCGGUUUCAUGAACCGGCCAAGGACAUAGGGUUUAAUGUGGCCGUGUUAUUGACAAAUCUCUCUGAACAUAUGCCAAAUGAUUCUCGCCUGAAAUGUCUGUUGGACCCAGCAGAAAGCGUGCUCAAUUACUUCGAACCGUACCUAGGACGAAUUGAGAUCAUGGGUGGGGCCAAGAAAAUUGAGCGUGUUUAUUUUGAGAUCAGUGAAUCUAGUCGAACUCAGUGGGAGAAGCCCCAAGUGAAGGAAUCUAAGCGACAGUUCAUCUUUGAUGUUGUCAAUGAAGGUGGGGAGCAAGAAAAGAUGGAACUGUUUGUGAACUUCUGUGAGGAUACCAUCUUUGAAAUGCAGCUAGCAUCUCAGAUCUCUGAAUCCGAUUCAGCUGACAGGCCAGAAGAAGAGGAGGAAGAAGAUGAAGAUUCUUCUUACGCAUUAGAAAUAGAGGGUGAAGAGGAGGAAGACAGGUCUUUUGAGUCUGCCUCUGCAUUUGCCAUGGCCUGGGCUUCAGUGAAGAGGAAUGUGGCCAACUUUCUGAAGAAGGCAACCCUAAAGAACCUCAGGAAGCAAUACAGGAAUGUCAAAAAGAUGACUGCGAAGGAGCUGGUAAAGGUUUUCUUCUCUUUUUUCUGGAUGUUGUUUGUGGGGCUGUUCCAGCUGUUCUUCACCAUAGUGGGAGGAAUCUUCCAGAUCCUCUGGAGCACGGUGUUUGGAGGGGGUCUGGUAGAAGGGGCAAAGAACAUCAGAGUGACCAAGAUCCUGGGUGACAUGCCUGACCCAACCCAGUUUGGUAUCCAUGAUGAUGCUAUGGAGGCUGAGAGGACAGAGGUGACGGAGCCGGGUAUCGCCACAGAACUAGCACACUUUGUAAAGGGUGAGAAGGGAGAUGCAGACAUCAUGUCAGACCUCUUUGGACUACAUGCAAAGAAAGAAGGUAGUUUAAAGCACGGGCCUGAAGUGGGUUUGGGUGACCUCUCUGAAAUUAUUGGCAAGGAUGAACCCCCGACGUUAGAGAAUACUGUACGGAAGAAAAGGAAAGCACAGGCAGCAGAGAUGAAGGCAGCACAUGAAGCAGAAGGAAAACUAGAAUCUGAGAAGGCAGACAUGGAAGAUGGAGAAAAGGAAGACAAAGUCAAAGAGGAGGAGCAAGCUGAGUACCUGUGGGCAGAGGUGACAAAAAAGAAGAAGCGACGGCGUGGUCAGAAGGUUGAGAAGCCUCAAGCCUUCAUGGCCAAUUUCUUUAAAGGGCUGGAAAUCUAUCAGACCAAGUUACUGCAUUACCUGGCCAGAAAUUUCUACAACCUGAGGUUCCUUGCUCUGUUUGUUGCCUUCGCUAUCAAUUUCAUCCUGCUUUUUUAUAAGGUCACUGAAGAACCUUUAGAAGAAGAGACAGAGGAUGUUGCAAAUCUGUGGAACUCCUUUAAUGACGAGGAAGAGGAAGAAGCGAUGGUGUUCUUUGUCCUACAGGAGAGCACUGGGUAUAUGGCACCGACACUGCGGGCACUGGCCAUUGUCCAUACCAUCAUCUCUCUCGUCUGCGUAGUAGGCUAUUACUGCCUGAAGGUCCCUUUAGUGGUAUUCAAAAGGGAAAAAGAAAUUGCCAGGAAGCUGGAGUUUGAUGGCCUAUAUAUCACUGAACAGCCAUCUGAAGAUGACAUCAAGGGGCAGUGGGACCGCUUGGUCAUCAACACACCAUCUUUUCCUAAUAACUACUGGGACAAAUUUGUAAAGAGAAAGGUGAUCAACAAGUAUGGAGAUCUCUAUGGAGCAGAGCGCAUCGCUGAACUCUUGGGUUUGGACAAAAAUGCCCUUGACUUUAGCCCAGUAGAAGAGACCAAAGCAGAGGCGGCUUCUCUUGUGUCAUGGCUAAGUUCCAUUGACAUGAAGUACCAUAUCUGGAAGCUGGGGGUUGUUUUUACUGACAAUUCCUUUCUCUACCUUGCCUGGUAUACAACCAUGUCCGUCCUGGGCCACUACAACAACUUCUUCUUUGCUGCUCACCUGUUGGAUAUUGCAAUGGGCUUCAAGACAUUGAGGACUAUUCUGUCAUCUGUGACUCACAACGGCAAACAGCUGGUUCUGACUGUCGGUCUCCUGGCUGUGGUGGUCUACCUCUAUACUGUGGUGGCUUUCAACUUCUUCCGCAAGUUCUACAACAAAAGUGAAGAUGAUGAUGAGCCAGAUAUGAAGUGUGAUGACAUGAUGACGUGUUACCUUUUCCACAUGUACGUGGGAGUGAGAGCAGGAGGCGGCAUUGGCGAUGAAAUUGAAGACCCUGCUGGUGAUCCUUAUGAAAUAUAUCGCAUUGUCUUCGACAUUACUUUUUUCUUCUUUGUCAUUGUCAUAUUGCUGGCCAUCAUCCAAGGUCUUAUUAUUGAUGCUUUUGGAGAACUGAGAGACCAGCAGGAACAAGUGCGAGAAGAUAUGGAGACUAAGUGUUUCAUCUGUGGGAUUGGCAAUGACUACUUUGACACGACCCCUCAUGGUUUUGAAACACAUACAUUACAAGAGCACAACUUAGCCAACUACCUGUUCUUUUUGAUGUAUUUGAUUAAUAAAGAUGAAACAGAGCACACGGGUCAGGAAUCUUAUGUUUGGAAGAUGUACCAAGAGAGGUGUUGGGAUUUCUUCCCAGCUGGCGACUGCUUUCGUAAACAAUAUGAAGAUCAGCUUGGUUAGAUCUGAAUGAAUGAAGUGCCACAAUUCUGGACAAUCAACUUUCAGUGGAAUAAAGUCCUUUUACAGUUCUGUGACAUAUUUGAAAUGUGACAUUUUCUAAAUGCCUCCCUUACAAGAAAAUGUUUGUUAAAAAUCUGUGCUAUUUUGAAAUUGAUUUGGCUAUUCGUGCCUAAACAUACGUGUCCUGAUGUUUUAAAAGGAAAGAAAAAUAGCAAAGAAUCAAGUAUCUCUAUUUGAAUGCUUUCAAAUAUUUCAGUUCUAAUGUAACUAAUUUGUUACAUUUGAGGAAAGAACUAGAGAAGUAUGAAGUCUUGAAUGCAUAAUAUCUGAAAUUUUUAACACUUGAAUGUCAUAUGACAGGAUCCAACCAGUGACUCAUGGUCUGAACUACAAAAAAUCAUUUUAACUGCUGUCUAAUUUGUCCCAUGGUACUUGCUGGUGACUUGCUAGUGACUGUAUCCAGAAUCAGCUUGAAAAGCUUUAAGCAGUUAAAGAAAAAAACAAACCAACACUUUGUCGACACUGAAAUAUCGAUUAAGUGCCUUAAAACUUCUUUAGAUAUAGCUAUGCAAGUUUUUUAUGUUUGUGUUACAGGACGACAGUUCCAUUAAUUAGUUGUGAUCUUCUGUUUUAACCUUAUGAAACUGCACUUGAAGGUUAUUCACUUUUUUUUUUUUUUUUUGAUAACAGCUUAUCAACUGCUGUUAUUAGAAGAAAAGUACUGUACUGGAAAUUCGGAAAAAUCUUAAUCUUAUGCCAAAACUGAGUAAUGCUUUAUGGUCCCUUGUUAAGUAGUGGAGCUGCUAUGUUUAGGUGAAUCUCCUCAAAUAAAAUGAAGUGCCCACUGCAAUAAAGUAGUACGUACCAAU